CUAUUUUAAUUACUAUGGUCGCCUAUUAAUCAAGAUUAAAAUAUUGAAUGCGAUGAUUGGUUUUCUAUACUUCGCAGUAGUUUUAGAAUCGUUUAUAGGCAAAUCAAAAUCGAGUGAACUGGAACGUUUAUCAAAGCAACCACCAUAUAAAUCUUAUUGUGAAUUUCUGAAAAAUUGUCGGGAUCUUGAACUUUCGGGUUCCACAAUGUCUCAAGAAGAAUUACGUAAAGAAUACUACAAAUGUCAAUCAGAACAUAUAGAUCGAUGGAAAAUAACUACUAGCAAUUAUUAUACGGAAACCCGAGAAUUCUGUUGCUUUGUCAAAACAUUGUUGUCUUGCGAAAAACCAAUAUUAACAUUGUGUGAUAAAACUUAUUCACAAUUGAACGAGGACGAUACAGAACGUUUUUUUGGAAAAUCUUGUAAUCAAUUUAUCUGUGAUGAAACCGAUACGAAUCAGACCCCCUUUUUCGAAAUCGGGACAAUUCAAUGGCCGUUAUUGUGCGAAAUCCAAUUUUGA